AUGACUGAAACUGAACAUAUUAAGCGACCAAUGAACGCUUUCAUGGUGUGGUCCAGGAUAAGGAGGAAAAGGAUAUCCCACGAUUAUCCUCGUUUGCACAACUCGGAGAUAUCGAAGUUGUUGGGCGCUGAAUGGAAGUUGUUGUCUGAAGGCGAGAAGCGGCCUUUUAUAGACGAGGCGAAACGUCUUAGAAGUCAGCAUAUGCUGGAACAUCCGGAAUAUAAGUACAGGCCAAGGAGGAGGCCUAAAUUUGAGAGGGAUGGCCAGAGGAGUUCAGGAAAUGUGACAGGGUAUAAUGAUACGAUGCAGUUGGCGCUGAAUAGGACCUUUUACGGGCAGAGUAAUAUGGGUGAAACUAUGCCUUUGGUACAAUUUUCCCCUGUCCCACCGGAGCAAAAGAACAACAUGGUAGCGAACCCUCCUCACCAUUUGGCAAUAGCUAUACCAACAUCAACAGACAGAAUGUCCGUAGGCUACCAUCUAGAUACAAUGCAAAAAUUUGAACCAUGUAGUUCAGAAGAUGUAGGUGCCUCUGAAGCUAGAAUAAAUCACCAAGAGUUUGUUCAGAGUCUGCCACCAUUACCGCCGUACACUUCUUUACCUGGGAGUCUUCAUCAUAGGGCACUGCUAAGGGCUGCUUCAAUUUAUGCGUACCAUGAUUUGGCGUCCAGUAGUACUCUUCCCAUGUAUUUUCCGCAGAUAUGA